AGUUUAAAUAGAUUCAUCUUAGAAUAAGUAUUAAAUAAAGCAUACAUAACAAAAGCAAAAAUAUGGCGAACAAUUUAGCUGUAUUUUCAACGUUUCUUCUCAUCUCUAUGGUAACUGCAAUGCCUUAUACUGGUAGUGAUUAUAACCCAGGUGGCUACAAUCAAGUGGGUAGUUAUGGUAACCCAUCUGGUUAUGGUGCAGCACGCUAUGGUUACGGUGCGGGUUACGGAGGUGGUAUGAAAAAUUUAGGUACUACAAAUAAGGGAUACGGUUAUGGCGGUGUAAGCAAUAGUUAUGGUGGUCCCACUAGCUACGCUGUUGGUGGCGGUUAUGGUGGUGGUAGCACUAACAAUCAUCAAGAAGAUGAAGAGAAGAAUCAUGAUUUAGAAACUGAAACACUUAAUAUCAAUACGAAUGUAGAUCAUUUAUCUAAAGUAACUGAUACGGAAACUUCCAAUGUAACUCAUGGAACUGAUCAUACGUUGAAUUUAGAUGUUGUUAACAAUCAACUUGAAACUAAUGAUAAAAAAACUGUAACUGAUAAUACUGCAGCUGAUAAUACUGCAACUGUUGGCAAUGAUGAAAAAUUAAUUCCGGAAAGUAGCAUUAACAACUCGGAACCACUUAUCAUUACUGGUACUGUUGAUCAUGUACCUGGUAUACCAGAAUCAAAUCUUGAUGUCAAUAUUAACAGCCAUCACGAGGUAGAUCAGAAACUAGAAGUAAAUGAAUAUGAACAUAAAGUUAACUCUGAUAUUGGUAUAAAUAGUAAUAUUGGUCACGAAUUCGGAAUAGGUACUAGUAACUUCCAAGCACCUCUACUAGAAACUAAUAAUCAUCAUCCCGAAAGUUUUAACUUUUUCGGAAACACAGGUCAAUUAUAUACGGUAACUGAAGCUUCUGAUGCUGAAGAUACCGCUGAUACUGUUAAUACUGCAAAUACUGAAAAUACAGCAAAUACUGAAAAUACUGCUGAUAAUCAAAAUAAUCAAGACAGUGUUAAUAACCAAUUUGAGGUUCCACAAACUGGCGUUAAUAAUUUAGAAACUAUUGGAACUACUAAUACAGUACAUCAUUCACUUGAUACUGAAAAUACUGCUGAUAAUCAAAAUAAUCAAUAUGAGGUUCCACAAAUUGGCAUUAAUCAUUUAGACUCUAUUGGAACUACUAACACACUGGAUCAUUCACUUGAUACAAGCUCUCACACUUUCACUCCUAUUAUCAACAGCAAUCAUGAAACAGAGCACAAUAUUGUCACAAAUCAGUUUGAAGCUAGUAAUUCAAAUAAAGACGUUAAUACCAAUAUUGUUCAAGAAACAGAAAACAAAGAAGUAAAAGAAGAAAAAGAUCAAUUAGCAUCCAAUACAAAUAUUGGAAGUGAUACUGCUGAGCACCUAUCGGAAGAAAAAAUAGUUGACUCCAAUAAACCCAUUUUGAAUCAUCCUCAGGUUGGAAGUCAUGGACAUGAAUGGAAUACUCCUCAAACUGGAGGUUAUGGACGUAGAUUGAAUAUUCCUCAAAGUGGAGGUUAUGGACAUCCAUUGAAUAUUCCUCAAGGUGGAGGUUAUGGACAUGGAUUUAAUGCUCCUCAUAGUGGAGGUUAUGGACAUAGUUUUAGUAAUCCCCCUAUGUAUCCAAGUCAGCAACAAUUUAAUCAUGGUCUUGGUCAUUUCAAUCCUCAUGGGCAUUAUCAUAAUCCCCCACCUCCCUAUUACCCUGAAUACUACCCCGCUCCCAUGCAUUAUCAACCACCAAUGUAUCCACAUAAUCACCAAAGUGAACGGAUUUAUGAACAUAACCAUAAUCAUGGGCAUGUACAUAGUGCCGGUUGCGGUCAUACUGGAUAUUAGAAAACAAA